CACACUUGUGAUGACUCCAACGAACGGUGAGCUGGUUGAGCCGCCGGAGGUGGUGGUGCUGGAUGGGGGCUUCUCGUCGCAGCUGUCGUGCCACGUGGGCCACGUCAUCGACGGGGACCCGCUCUGGAGCGCCCGCUUCCUCCACACCAACCCCGAAGAAGUCGUUAACGCGCAUUUGGACUUUUUGAGAGCUGGAGCGGAUCUGAUAAUCACAAACACGUACCAGGCGUCAAUAGGCGGUUUCGUGGAGCAUUUGGGCGUUAACGAGGAGCAGGCGUACGCGCUGAUAGAGCGCGCCGUCGAGCUCGCCAAACGUGCCCGCACACUCUACCUCGAGGAAUUCCAAAACUUCUUGCAAAAUGAUCACGUGCCGCUGGUAGUGGGGUCCGUCGGCCCUUACGGGGCCCAUUUACACGACGGCUCCGAGUACGACGGCAGCUACGCGGACACAACAUCAGUGGAGACAAUGCGCGAAUGGCACCGACCACGCAUUCAGGCGCUCGUGGACGCAGGAGUCGAUCUGCUUGCGCUUGAGACUAUCCCGUGCCAAGAGGAGGCCGAGAUGCUUUGCGAGCUGCUCCGAGAAUACCCCCACAUGAAAGCUUGGUUGGCCUUCAGUUGCAAGGAUAACCAAAGCAUAGCUCAUGGCGAAAGUUUCCAAAAAGUGGCAAAGAAAUGUUGGGAAACGAACCCUGAUCAGCUGGUGGCCGUGGGAGUGAACUGCUGCGCGCCGUCCUACGUGAAAAAUCUCCUGAAAGGUUUCAACGACGACCGACCACACGCGCCGAUUCCACUUAUCGUUUACCCCAAUUCAGGCGAAAAAUACAACCCCGAAAUCGGCUGGAUCGACCGCGACAAAUGCGAAGCCGUGGAAGUGUUCAUCCAAGACUGGCUGGACCUCGGCGCGCGAUACGUCGGCGGCUGCUGCCGCACGUACGCGGCAGACGUCACCCGCAUCCGCAACCAGGUCGGCAAGUGGCGCGAGCGAUACCGCUUCCAGAACUUUCAGCCGGAGACCGCCAGCGAACACGUCUCCUAAAUACCGACAUUACGCUUCUUUAUGGCCCUAGCCGAACAAGACAAAUGAUCGAAUUUAUUAAUGUUCCGAGCCUUUGAGUUACCUAAUUAGCUUCCUGGCCUAUUUAAAUGGCCGUAAGUUUUAUAAGUGUGUUAAUGUUAAAAUCUUUAGAAAUAUUGAUCAAUACUGUUCGUUGUUGUACGUUUAAAUACCGUAGAAAGGAGAUAAAUAC